UUAGCAGCCACAUACAGGUCGGCCAUAUUAGAGAGAUGGAAAUAAAGCUUCCUUGAUGUUGUGUAUGUCUUUGAAGUACAUCCGUGCAUUUUCUACUUUAGCAUCUAACCAUUCCUCCCCUGUAGUCCUUGGUCUCUCGAACUCCCCUCUCCCCUAGCCCACUCACCUAACAUCUCAGUCUGUGAAAAUGCGCAGGGAUGCCUGGCUACCUCGCCCUGCCUUCAGUCUCACGGGGCUCAGUCUCUUUUUCACUUUGGCACCAUCAGGGCAGAGCAUGGAAGUCACAGUCCCCACCACCCUCAGUAUCCUCAAUGGCUCUGAUGCCCGCCUGUCCUGCACCUUCAACUCCUGCUACACCGUGAACCACAAGCAGUUUUCCCUGAACUGGACGUACCAGGAAUGUAGUAACUGUUCCGAGGAGAUGUUCCUCCAGUUCCGCAUGAAGAUCAUUAAUCUGAAGCUGGACCGGUUCCGAGACCGUGUGGAGUUCUCCGGGAACCCGAGCAAGUAUGAUGUGUCAGUAACACUGAGAAGUGUGCAGCUGGAGGAUGAGGGCAUCUACAACUGCUAUGUCACCAACCCGCCUGACCGCCACCGGGGCCAUGGCAAGAUCUACCUGCAGGUCCUCCUGGAAGAGCUCCCUGAGCGGGACUCCACGGUGGCGGUCAUUGUGGGUGCCUCCGUGGGGGGCUUCCUAGCUGUGGUCAUCUUGGUGCUGAUGGUGGUCAAGUGUGUGAGGAGGAAAAAGGAGCAGAAGCUAAGCACGGAUGACCUGAAGACGGAGGAGGAGGGCAAGACAGAUGGCGAGGGCAAUGCAGAUGACGGUGCCAAGUAAUGGGGCCAUCCCUGCGGCCCCUCCCUGUGUCUCGCCUCCGCCCACUCUCCACCCUGUACGUGUGACCCUGCCUGCCCUCUCUUGGUGUGCUUCUCCUGAACAGGACCCCAGGGCACAGCUGGGAGCUCCUGCACCCCUCACUUCGUACCCUACACCCCGCACCAAGAGUGACCCACCUCUCUUCCAUCUGAGAACCUGCCAUGGCAUCCAGGAUGUGUGGCCCUGGGGAGAGGAGAAAGGGGCUCCACCCUGAGAGGAGGCAGGAGGCAUGUCUGGGGCUUCCCGAAAGAGGGUGGUGAGGGUGGCAGUGUGGAGGAAUUCAGCUGUCCUGCUGCAUGGGGUGGGUCUGGGGUGGGGAGGGCAGCUCUGCUGUGCUGACCCGAGCUGCCUCAGAAGACCUUGGCUGUGGCCUUGCCGUGCCCCUUGGGCUCCUCCCAACCCAGAGCAGCCCUCAGGUUGUGGGUGAGAGGGUGUCCAUAAUUUGGAGGGAGGGCACAUUAAAGGGAUGAUUGUACAAUUCUAGGACACUGAAGAAAGCUAGGGCUGAGGCAAACCUGGCUCAAAUCUUGGCCUGGGGAGCUCUAUUCCAGCCUUCAUCUCUGUUGUUAGCUGCUCCCCUAGGAGGUUCUUGGUUUGCUACUGGCUACUGACCUCUUGGGGAUGUUGCUGAAGACAGUACUGGAGAAGCAGCUCCAGGUAGGGUCCUGCUUCCCCUGCUGAGGAUUGGGAGACUGGCAUCAGAGCUGGCUGAGGGACUGACGAGUGGGGCUCUGUCAUUAACGGGCUUGACUUCAGGCUGCCUUCUGUAACAGGGCCAGCAUCCUCACGUGGGCCAAGCAGAACCAAGAUUUACGCAUGGGUUUAGACUUUUCCAGUUGCCCUCAGUAAGGUUUGCGUCUGGCUUUGGCAAGACGGAGGAUGGGAAGGCUGGAGAGAAGUGUGAGAGGGGUCAGGGAGCCUCGGAGCCCUGGGGCCAGCCUAGGCCCACCUGGAGCCUGUCACUUGCUCCCUUGCCCCUCUGCUCCAAGCAGGUUUUCUUGUGAGGAAGAAAGUAACACUCGUGGGAGCCAACUUUCACUGUCAUUUAACUCACAUUAAAAUGGAAUCCUUUAAGCCUGGGGAGAGGGAGAAAGAUUGCAUCAGAAACUGCUGACUCAGAGAAACUUCAGAGGUCAGCCAGAUCUCUCGAGCUGAGGGGAAGUGGAGGUUCCAUGUGAUGGGAGAUUGAGGAUCUCCUUCUCUAGCACCUGGACCUCCAUUUUUAAUCAACAGAGCCAUAGUUUUCCCAGUGGGUGGGCCUCUAGGGCCUGGUGGAUGAGGAUGAAGAAGGUAGGGUGAGGGUGCUCACUCAGCGCUGCUCCUCUCCCAGGAGCCCAGCCCCUGGCAGCUCAGGGAAUUAGGUGUCCAGGGCAGGGAAUGAGCCUGGGAACAGAGGAUGGAGGUAGCAAGGGAUGACCAUGGUCUCGGAGACCAGUCCCUGCCUUUACCUAUCAGAUAGCCAACUGGGAGAGAGGGCAGUAGUGUACGGGAGAUUCAGCUCAAUUCACUUCAGUUCAACAACCAUUUACUGAGCAUCUGCUCUGUGCCAGGCACUGUGCUUGGUGCCGGGGACACACACAAAGCCAUAACAGAGUUGGAGACUGCCAGGUCAGCACUGUAGGAUCGAGAUUGAUUUUUAUCUGGGUGUCUAUCUACUUCCACCUCUAUAACCACUGCUUCUAGGAUGAAAAUUGAGGAGAAGGAAGAGAUUCUAGAAUCAGGGCCUUGGAAAAGGAAGAGGGCAGGUACAAGUGCUAAUGGGUGCAGGGGCCAGGCACAGUAGGUAUGGAGUCAGGGACGGACAACCAGCCAGAGAAAUCCUGGGUGAGUCGAGUCCAGCCCUUCGGGAAAUCUAAACUCAUCAGCUCAGUACCUAGCUGCCAAUCGACACACUGCCAACUGGGGUGGGCUAAACCACCAGGAUGCCCAGAGCAGGUGGAUACUGCCCCAACCUUCAAGCCAACCAGCUGGGGCCAGAGAGGUUAAUGGUGGGCACCUCGAGCCAGCGGAGACCAAGGAUGGUGGUGUACACUGCUGCAGCUGACAGGUUUCAGUAUUUAGUCACCUCGUGUGUGACCUCCCCUCCUAGGUAAGUGAGGAUCUGCGCUGAUGUUGGGAAUUUUUCUUUUUCCAAGACUCAUAAGAUUUAGAGGGAUUAUUUACAAAAUUCCUUAGGUUCAUUCUAAAAAGUCCUAACUCUCCUUAAAACUUCUGAGGCCUUGUCCUUCUCUCUCUGCCCUGAGCAGGUGGGGCCCGGGAAAAGCAGUGCCUGUCCAUGGCCCUCAGGGGCCCGAGCUGUCCUUGUCCAAGGUGCCUGGCCUCACAUGCACUUCCUUCUUGAGCCUUUUAGAUCCUUCUCCAGAAGACUUGGAGCUGUCUCCCCCCAGAGAACUGAGGUUGGGAGCAAAAUGGGGCUUCUGUGAGUCAAGGUGGGAAGCCAGUGAGAUGUUUGCACAGCAGCCAUUGCUCUGUCCUGUUUCUGAGCUUAUGCCAGCAAGCUGUUCCUCUCCUGCAGUGUGGGGUUCAAGCCCCACUUCUGGCUGCAUGCCCCCACCGCUGCGCUCUGCUGGUUUCAGUCUGUUGAUUCUGCCUGUGCUCUCUCAGAACCCCAUCAUCCCCAUCUGUCUCUUCCUUCUAAUUAAGGGCCACUGCAAAGGGAAAUGGGCUGGCUAAUCUGUGGGAUUUAGCUUACAAGAACAAAGCACAAUUUUUCAGGACUGAAAUGCCUCGAGGUGCCUUGGAAUUGGCUUUGGAAAUAGCUAUCUGCCCCUCUAGCUGUGGACUCACCACAAUUAUUCCCACUUUCUAAAAUCGAAAAGCUGAUGGGAUCUGUAUAUUUCUCUGUGAGUCUCCUUGGGGAGGUUGGGCUGGUAAAUAUUUACAAGGCUAAGUUAAGCAUAAGCAGGUAGACAAGUGGAAAUCCUGGCCAGGUUCAAAAAGAUAGUCCUAGGCCACAGGAAGGGAUGAUGAGUCAAGGAAUCGUCCUUCCUACUUGUGUCUUAAGCCUGUCCCUUGCUGUGCCGCUUGCUGAUGUCUUCCUUUACUGAAGCUUGCUGAUGCAUUUGUACAUAGCCUCUCUAUAUAGGUAUAGAUAUAUUAUAUAUACAAAUAUAAAACAUCUCACUACACCCACCCCAAAAGUUACAUUGCGGGGACAGGGGGUAACACUUCUCAGUGCUUUGAGUUGAUUCACCAAAGGCAAAUUAUGGAAUGUUUUUACUGCUUUUUGUGCACUUGGAGGGGGAAAUCCAGCUGCAUGAGAAGAAUUUAUGCACAUCUAGGCUUUACGGGCUGUGUGGUGGUUAGAAGGGGUGUUUGGAAGGGGAGAGAAGCUUAAUCAAUCCUCUGUGAUCUGACUGCUGGGAUGGAUCUGCUUCUGAGAGCAGACCGAGUUUCUUCUGUAGUUUGUGUGAUUGCCUGUAUCUGUUGGCUGCAAUAAACACACUGUCUCCCCUGAA